AUGGGGGAUCUGACGGAGGCAAAGGAUUGGAAAAAGACUUUCAUUGUUCCUGCCAUUAAGGCUUUUGACCACUAUGAUUUUAACAGAGCGAAAAUCCGUGCGAGCCUCACAUGGCUAGUGGCCAAAGCCUUUGGUACAGAGAGUGUCCCAGAUGACCUGAAGGAUCCCUUUUAUACUGACCAGUACGAGCAGGAGCACUUGAAGCCACCGGUGGCCAGCCUGUUGCUGUCGGCCGACCUGUACUGCCGUGCUGGGAGCCUGAUCCUGAAAAGUGAUGCGGCCAAGCCCUUGCUGGGCAAUGAUGCGGUCAUCCAGGCUCUGGCUCAGAAAGGCCUGUAUGUCACCGACCAGGAGAGACUGGUCACUGAGAGGGACCUGUGCAAGAGACCCAUUCAGAUGAGCGCCCACCUGGCGAUGAUUGACACCCUGAUGAUGGCCUACACGGUGGAGACGGUGAGUGUGGAGAAGGUGGUGGUGUGUAUGCAGCAGUAUUCCACAGACUACGCUGAAGGAGAUGUACCAUACGACACAGAGGAUGCGGUUACCAGCUGGAUGAACAAGGUGAACGAGUACUUGAAAGAGAUCAUUAUGCAGGAGCAGAGGAGGAGAGAAGCGCAGAACGCAGAACCUGUAGAGAACCCGAAGUCUCCAACCAAAUGGUAUAUGAAGCUGGUUCCUGCCCGCUACAGGAAAGAGCAGGUGUUGCCUAAGACAGUGCCAUGGAUCCCCCCGGUGGACAACCUGCUGAAGGACAGCACAGAUGGCUGCGGCCUCGCCGCCCUGCUGCACUUCUACUGCCCGGACAUCGUCAAGCUAGAGGACAUAUGCUUGAAGGAGACCAUGUCGCUGGCGGACAGCUUGUACAACCUGCAGCUCAUUCAGGACUUCUGCCGCGAGCACUUGAACCGUUGUUGCCACUUCAGCCUGGAAGACAUGCUGUAUGCAUCUUCAUCCAUCAAAAACAACUACCUUGUAUUUAUGGCUGAGCUGUUCUGGUGGUUUGAAGUGGUGAAGCCGUCUUUUGUGCAUCCUCAGGUUUUGGCCCCUGAAGCACCGACUCCAUCAUUGAAGAGCCUGCCAUCUGUGCCCAUCUCAAAAGUCACAAAGAGAAGCUUCAUGGAAAGACCUCCCAGUCCAGACAGGCCAAGUCUCCCACUGCGGCCACAGCCACGGUCAUCAAACUCAGGUGAGAUCAAGCGAUCAACUUCCAUGUCAUUUGUGGACAGCUUUAUGGGUACUUGGCCCAAGGAGAAGAGGUCAGCUGCUCAGGGAGUGUCCUUUGACAUCCCUUUUGAUAAAGAGGACAACAGCCAUACUCCUGCAACACAUAGCCGGGGAAUGACCAGGUCUGUAAGCACUGAGGGCUUUGGGUUCAAACUAGCCAAGGGAAUGAAGCGAAACCUGUCCUUCCAACCUGUCGACUGCCAGAACAUAGGCAUUGAGGAAGAAGGUUGCCCAGACAGCCUUGCAGGGGUGCAGCAUGGCCGUGUAAAUGGCACAGCACCUCCUAGCAUUGAAGAGGCCCUGGAAAUCAUCCACAACUCAGAGAAGCAACAGCAGAGCUCGGAGGCUCAGGCAGACAGUGAAGGAUUCUUCCUUCAUCUGCAAAGCAAGGGUGAGCUGUCCUCCAAAACCCAAGACAAAGAAGGAGACCUAGACUCAAUUUCAGAGACAAAAGAGGCUUUGAGCACAUCAACAGAAGUUGACACUGGUAUUCAUGUGAGAACAGAAGACAUUCAGGAGACACUGGAUGAGGAUUCGUCCCUGAGGGACUACACAAUGAGUAUGGAGUUAGAUACAGAUCAGGACUUUGAGGCAAGAGCUUGUCGCAGCCAGGACUCCACCAGCCCGUGCCCCAGCAGUGUCAGCACCAAAUCCCCCAUAGCGGGCACCCCCACGCCUGGAGUUAAGAUGACCAGCUUUGCUGAGCAGAAGCUGAAGAAGCUUAAUCCUAAUGUGGAGGCCAAGGGUGGCAGUUCUCAUGUGACCACACCAGACAGUUCUGACCUCAACAUUCCACACUCAGUGUCCUGGGCCCCCUCACCAGAGGUGAGCCCUGCCCAUCAGCCACUGAAAGAUCCAGCCCAAGCCAUGGCCGCAGAAAUGGUGCAGCUGCGCAUGAGAUUGGAAGAGAAGCGACGUGCCAUUGAGGCCCAGAAGAAGAAAGUGGAAGCUGCCUUUACGCGCCACAGGCAGAAGAUGGGACGCAAUGCCUUCCUCACGGUGGUUAAGCGGAAGAGUGAUGGCACCUCACCAGUUCACGAGGACACUGCAGUCACAGAGGAUGGUAAGACACCAGCUGAUAAACCACAGCCUACAAAGUCUCCAGUCAAGGGUGAUGAGGGUGCAUCCGAGGCAGACCUUUUGGAGUACACACGCUCCAUUGAGAAGCUGAACGCUUCACUCAGCUUCUUACAGGCAGAGAUGCAGCGGCUGGCCCAGCAGCAGGAGGUCAUCAUGCAGAUGCGGGAGCAGCAGUCCUGGGUCGUAUCUCCCCCACAGCCUUCUCCCAAAAAACAGGUGCAGGACCUGAGAGGGAGCGGGGCACGCUCCUCUGGUUCUCCUUCACCUGCUGACUCCCCUCGUACCACCCAUCGCUCCCCCACCAACCUCAAGAGGAAAUCAGCCUCUUUCCACUCCAAAACUCCACGGACACCCAGGCCUAGUGAGCUGAAGAUCACCCCGUUCAACAGAGUCUUGACCGUUCCCCAGUCUGUAGAUAGCAUACCUCGACUGCGUAGGUUUUCCCCAUCUCAGUCUGUGUCCAGCUCCUUCGCAUACCUCGGGAAUGACAAAAGACCCAAAGUGGGUGACGAAACCACAGAUAAGGACAAUAUGCAAGCCCCUGAGGGCUCCAUUGGUGAUCUCACUUCAGCAACCAAAGACAUACAGCAAGCUGAAACUGAAACAGUUUCAGAGGAGGUGAAGCAUGGACAAGUUAACGUGAAGGAGAAUGGAGAGGAGGAGGAAGAGAAAAAGCCAGAAGGAGAAAUUAAGCCCACAGUGGAAUCUAGUGUUUCAGAGGUGCUAUCACAAGCAGUAAAAGAAACUGUCAUAGUCACGCCUACCGAGAAGCCAGUUGAUUCCAUUAGUCAGAGUGGCAAGAACUUGAUUGAGGUGCCACUGUCUGUCCUGAAACCUCUUGAAGGACAGGUAGUAGAAGAGAGAGGGGAAGGACAGACAACAGGAGAGAACCUGGAUGAUGACCAGAAGAUGUGCUGCGGAUUCUUCUUUAAGGAUGACAUGAAGGGGGAGGACAGCAUGGCCAUGAAGCGAGCUGCACUGCUGGAGAAAAGGCUAAGAAGAGAGCGGGAGAGCCAGCAGAGGAAGCAGCAGCUCGAGGCUGAGCUGGAGCAGAAGAAGGAGGAAGCUAGGUUGAAGGCAGAGGAGGAUCGGCUGAAGAAGGAGGAGGAGAAAGCCAGACGGGAGUUCAUCAAGCAGGAGUACCUGAGGAGGAAGCAGCUCAAACUCAUGGAGGACAUGGACAUGCUGGUGAAAGCUCGGCCUGCAGGGGCUAAGCAGAGGAAGCCACGGCCCAAGUCCAUUCACAGGGACGUGAUGGACUCCCCCAAGACCCCAGUCAGGGCUACAGCAGGUUCACGACCUCGUGUUUUUUCAGUGUCCAGUCUCUCUUUAGCCUCCCUCAAUCUGGGAGACAAUGAAAGUGUCAGCUCAGAGAAAAGAACCCCAAGAAGCAAUAGCUUAGCGUCGGGCAGCCUAUACUACUUCUUGAGCUCUCCUCGAUUAAGAAGGAGAAGGCCUGACUCGGCUGACGGCUUCCUGUCUCCCUCUCGAUCUGGGAGCCACAACGGAGAGAAAGACUGGGAAAAUGGGUCUACCACCUCCUCUGUGACUUCCAACACUGAGUACACAGGUCCUAAAUUGUACAAAGAGCCCAGUGCCAAGUCGAAUAAGCAUAUUAUUCAGAAUGCCCUGGCUCACUGUUGUUUGGCUGGGAAGGUCAAUGAGGGACAGAAGAACAAAAUCCUGGAGGAGAUGGAGAAAUCAGAGGCGAACAACUUCCUGAUCCUGUUCCGUGACUCGGGCUGCCAGUUCCGCUCUCUCUACACGUACUGCCCCGACACUGAGGAGAUCAACAAGCUCACAGGCAUUGGCCCCAAGAGCAUUUCACGCAAGAUGAUCGAUGGCUUGUACAAGUACAACUCAGACCGGAAGCAGUUCAGCCAAAUCCCGGCAAAGACCAUGUCUGCCAGUGUAGACGCCAUAACCAUCUACAGCCACCUGUGGCAGACGAAGAAGCCAGCAACCCCAAAAAAAGUAGCACCCAACAAGUCCUAGUACUGUUCAGUGGAUCCUUCCAGUCUUUCUCUGUACUAGACACUCAAAUCUGGACAACACACAUAUGAGGUUUGCGCUUCUUCAUGGACCACUACCCACAAUCUCCACUGAAUCCAACCAGGAAACACAAUUUUGCUGAAAUAAUAUUUAUGCACAACUGGAAUGUACAACACUAUGGGCUUGUCAGCGGCUCUCACAUUUGUAUUUAUAACCGGACUGUCUCGUUGGAGCUCUUUUAAGCAAGUUGGGUGGGUGAGUGCGUGCGUGGUUAUUUUGUAUGUGCCAAAACAGUGGUUAAUAAUGAAAUGAAGUAGUAUGACUCGUAUUUGGUACACUAAAGCACUGAAUGUCAUUCGUCUGUAUAAAGAAAAUGUUUGCAUAUACAUAUGUUGACAUGUGGCCUUAUGUUGGAAGUAUUUUAUUUCUUUUGAGUCUUUUGUUUUUGUUUUGUUUUUAGUAGUGUACUGAAGUGAUUGUAAGGCUGCUCCAUGAGAGACAGUUACCACUGAAAUGGUUUUGCUAGACCUGUUCUACUAGGGGGGGGACUCCUCUGGGCAAGCAAUGCUGUAUCUGUGCAUUAUACCAAAUCAGUGUGGUAAUAUGUUGAAUAUUUUUGCUUGCAUAAAGAAUCACCUCCAUCUCUUGUGUUUUAAACUACUUAUUCUGCUUCAAUGGCUUUGGUUCACAGCAGGAUUGUGAAUUCUUCCAGUGCAAAUAGGUGUUUAUCAUUGAAAUUUUACUAUUAUUAUUAUUAUUAUUAUUAUUAUUUCCAGUUAUUUGACAGACCAGAGGAAUUGUUUAAAAUUCAAAACCAUGAUCUGUUUAAAUCAAUGUGUCAUUAACAAUAGGAAGGUGGUUUAGAAGACCAAACUCCUCUUGCAUUAUUGCGUGAUUGUAGGUUGUGAAAAUCAAGCUAGCUAAUAUUUGAUAAUGCUAUAUUGAAUUAUGUAUCAGUGAUAUUUCCGUGUCAGCUUCAGCAAAUGAACUGAAUCGAUACUGAGAAGUCCUUGUACCAGUCAUUCCCAUUUUAGUUUUCUCAUUUGUGCUUGGUGAAUGAUUUGUUGAUUCUGCAACAGUCAUUACGAUUUCCAGAAUCAAUUUUGCCAUAGAUAAUCGAGACCGUUUAAAACCGUAUUCUCUAUGUCACAAAUCAAGCCGAAAUCUCAAAAAGCAAUGUGCCAAAUGACAUUUUUAUUCUUACUGCAUGGUUUAGACUGAGGAUUAAUGCUCAUGUUGAUAAUUAACUUGUAUUUUGGCUUGGGAUGUCAAAAAGCCCUACCACAGAUAUUCUACUGCCUGAUGUUUGUGGCUGUUAUUUCAGUGGUAAACAUGUGGUAGCAUCAUGCUCUGUGGGUCAUAAGGCAGAAUGUGGCUAGUUACGGGUCAAGGCUUACUGUGUUUGACAUAAACACAUGCCUUCUUUCAGUUUAAUUAAAGCCCAUUCUAUAUCCAGGCUCUCUUUGAGUCCCUUAGCAUGUUCUAGAUUUCCCUUUCCGUAUUCAUCAACAAACACACACAGCUGGGCUCCAUUUAUUUACAAUGUUGGAUUGCUGAAAUGUUGUGUUUCUGAAGGGAAAACUGUACAGGCCUGUUACAUACAGUAUCUGGAGGACAAAAAAACUUUUUUAAAAAGUCGUUGUAGUGACUUAAAUUGGCUGUUUCAAGCCAAGAACUGGCUAUGUAUUUGUAAAUGAGCACGGUUUAAUAUUGUACAGUGUGCAGUGUGAGCUCAUCAGACCAUUGUAAGGAAGCCUCAUUUUUGUUCCUUUCUUUUUUUAAACACACUGCUGUCAUUGCUAACUUGUUGAAGUAGCAUACCAUGUUUGCUUUAUAUUGCAUUGAAUAAAAUAUCGCAUGGUCUCAAA